AUGCCAGUGCUGAAGCGCUGCGCCGAGGACGCGUUGGUGGGAGCGUUCCGGUCGGCUUCUGCCGGUAAGGGCCGCCUUCCACUGCGCCGGGCUCUGUCUGAGCUCGCUCGACUAUUUUACGGCGACUCUGAUAGCACUGCAAGGCUCAGUGCGGAGUUUAUGAACGAAUUCUAUUUACGCGGCGUCGAUGUGCGCUGCGGGCUGCGCAGUCACGCGCUGAUGGUAGGAGGCCCGAAGAACAUCCGCGGCAACCCUCGAGGCGGUUUAGACGCACGUCUGUUCUACCCUAGCAUCACAUGUGAGCAGUUUAUUAUGAUCGGUCGAGUAAGUGAGGCCCCGUUGGCUGCAAAUGCAUUGUUACAGGCCAUGGAGUGCGUGCUCCUCGAACGUCAAGUACCACAUCUGGCCGGCGGCCGCAUACGCUCCGAACGCACAUCGCACGAAGUAGCGGACCUGGAACGCAAGCAACAGCAGAAGCUCCUGUCUGAAGUGGCUAGUGCUUUGUCUAAAGAUUAA